GGCCCAAACAUGUGUAGAUCUACUGAGGCACCAAGAUCAAAGUUCAGAUAGAAAUUUGUGCUACAGUAUUCUCAUGUUCUGAUAAUGCUUAGUUUGGCGAGAAGUAUUCGGUUUGUUCAUGGUGGUAACAUAAUAAAUGUAGCUAAACUAACAUUGACUAGCAGAAAAAUGUCGUCAGGAGGCUUGGAAGCUGCAGGCUAUAGUUUUGAGACCCUGAAAGUGACAAAACCCAGAGAGUAUGUGCUGCAAGUGGAACUCAACAGACCAGAAAAGAGAAAUGCCAUGAACGCAGCAUUUUGGAGGGAAAUGGUGGAAUGUUUUAACAAGGUGUCCACAGACCCAGACUGUAGAUCAGUUGUUGUGUCAGGUGCUGGGAAACUGUUCACAGCAGGAAUUGACUUGCAAGAAAUAGCAUCUCUAAUGCCCAUGGAAAGUGAUGUGGGAAGGAAGAGCAUGAAGUUAAAGGGUGCUAUUGCUAGAUAUCAGGACACGUUUACUUGUAUGGAAAAGUGCCCCAAGCCUGUUAUAGUGGCUGUGCACAAUGCCUGUGUUGGUGGUGGCAUAGACCUGAUCACAGCUUGUGAUAUCAGAUAUUGCUCCCAGGAUGCCUGGUUCCAGGUUAAGGAAGUGGAUGUAGGUUUGGCUGCAGAUGUGGGAACAUUACAGAGACUACCAAAAGUUGUGGGCAAUGACAGUCUAGCAAGAGAACUGGCAUAUACAGCAAGAAAGAUGAUGGCAGAUGAAGCAAUGAGAUGUGGACUUGUCAGUCGAAUUCUGCCAGACAGAGAAUCUACCAUAGAGGCUGCCAUAGAAACAGCAGCACUAAUUGCCAGCAAAAGUCCAAUAGCUGUCCAGGGAUCCAAAGUUAGCAUAGUAUACUCCAGAGACCAUUCAGUACAAGAAGGACUAGAACACAUAGCAUGUUGGAAUUCAGCAAUGCUACAGAGUGAAGAUGUUAUGACAGCUGCCAUGGCAGCAGUAGAGAAGAAACCAGCAGAGUUCUCAAAACUUUGACGAAAAAAUAGAACUUGUAGCAGUGCUUUACAAACUGGUUCAUUUUAUGUACAUUGCCAAAAAUUAUUAUAUCAUAAAUGCCAGAAAUGUACCCAAUUCAUAGCUCAAUUUGUUGAUAUAAUGAACCUUAUCACUUGCUGGUUACCAAUUGGUAACUACUGAAAUUUUUCUGUUUUGGACACUCAUCAUAUUUACCAAACAAUUGUGAUAAAUAAUACCCCUUGUAGUCAACAGUAAUACAAUAAUUUUUAUGACCAGCAU